AUGGAGCAAAUCGAGACGCAGGCUUCCGAUUUGCGCUUCCUCUCGCAGCAGGCUCAAGUUCCACUGAGCAAUUCGCCCAGCGUCACCUACGAAACACCCAGGCACCAGCAAGCCAGUCCUGGUUCCGCAUCCUUCGGAGGUAAUUCCGCGACGCAUGGCGACGCCGCUGGCGCGAAAAGAAAAUCGACCGACGAGGGCCUGGGCUCGUCCAAGCAGACGCGCAGCAAGCGCAACCGGCGCUGCGGCAACAUGGGCCUGAAUUGCCUCUAUACCCCAAACUGCUGCUCAAACACCUUCAAAGACUCGGACGAGUACAAACUUGUCACCUCUCACCUCACAGCCCUCCAAGAUGAAGUCGGCGCCCUCAAGCAGGCCAUGCAGGCCAUGCAGGCCAUGCAGGGCACCCAACCCACCCCGGGAGACCGUUCUCACAUGGCGCCCUCCUCCAUUGACCGGUCCAUCAUGGCCUCGGGAAUGAUUGCGCCCUCACCAGCCCAGAGCUCCGUCUCCGGUCAGCAGACCAGCACCGGCCAGGCCAGAACUCCUGGCGCAUUCCGAGGUUCCACCAGCACCUCGCACAUGAUUGGCAUCGCCCAAACCAAUACCGGUAUCGCGUACCCGGAUCUUCAAGAUUCAACCAACCAAAUAGAGCCGCCGCUCCAGUCACAAGCUUCCAGAACCGAUCCCAUCUUAGAAUACAGCCACGAUGAGAUGCUCCGUUUGUGUCAAGUACACGAUGAUGAAAUCGGCAUCAUGUACCCCGUUCUCAACAUGGGAACCGUCACAGAACAUGCCCGGUAUAUCGCUGCGCAGUUUGAUACCCUCCGGCAUCAGUCCUCUUCCCAAAUCUUCACAGAUGACAAGACCCUCGAGCUCAAGAUGGUCAUGUGUUGUGCGCUUGUCGUUGAAGAGAGCGGUCCUAGUAUCAGAGCCCAGAAACUUUUUGACAGCAUGGAACCGGUUCUGAAUCGCAGGUUGCUGGCUGAGGAAGCAUAUAUUGGAACUCUGCCGUUGUUGUGCAUAUUCGCCGGCUACCGCUUCCUUACCGACGACGAGGGUUUGGCUUGGCGUGUCAUUGGCCAAGUGUGCCGACUCUGUCUGGAGCUUGGUCUGCAUCGCUCCCAGGUUCACCAGUCGAUUACAGAUCCAAACGAGCGCCAAUUCGCCCUCAAUAGUUUCUGGUCUGCUUACGUACUAGAUCGCCGUUGGGCUUUCAAUACUGGAUUGCCAUAUGUUAUUCAAGAUGCGGACAUAGACCCGAAACUGGAAUAUCCGACGGGUCACCCUUAUCUCGUAUCUAUGAUAUCAUAUUCGAAGCUCGGCGCCAAGGUUUGGUCCCUUGUUGAGCAGCGCCGAGCUUCGUUUCUCGACAAUGAAAAGCCAUGGCUGCAAGACAUCGAGAGGCUUGAUGCAGAGAUUAUUACUUGGUAUUCAUGUGUGCCACCCGAGGUACAAAUACGAGAUUGGCAUGAGGAGGGCCACAUCAACUCGACGUCGUCGUAUAACUUGCAACGGCUGAAAGUCUGGACAUAUCUUCGCAGGAAUCAGAUACGGAACUGGCUGCAUGCACCAAUUCUACACACUACCAAUUCCAUUCUGGGCGCCCCGCACCUUGCGCAAGUAUGCGUCGAUGUGGCCAAAGACACGGUCGCGUAUCUGAAUCAUGUCAACAAUCAUACAGACAUGAUUCGAAAAUCUCAGGCCUUUUACAGCCAGUUUCUCGUUUCUGCGCUAGCAAUCAUGUUUCUGGCAUCGACUCAGGCACCUGUCCAGUUCUCUGCUAUUUGCAGGGAGGACUUUUACACGGGCUUGGGUCUGAUCGAGGAUCUGUCGCCCCAUAGCCACAUUUCAAAGCGUCUGUGGCGUAUAGUCUGGUCUCUCCGUGACUAUCUUCAACAACUUCAGCCGAAGCAGGGAAAUGAUGCACACUCUACUGCUGCACUUGGCAUGAUUGGGUUGGCCAGAGGCGGACGUAUAGACCCUUCAGGUCCUCAAUACCCCUAUGGAGGCACCGGGAUGCCUAUGGGAGCAGGGGGGCCUGCUGAUUCUUCUGAUAUUGACUUGAGCGUCCCGAAUGACGGCAAACUCACAAGCCAUCUCUGCAACAUGUACGAAACGUUUGCGAAUUACAAUGGAUUUAACAACUUAAGACUGGAUCCAGGCGACAUGCAAACGCAAGAUCAGGCUAAAGUCAUGGCGCAGAGCGGGUUCUUUACCACGGUGAGGCAGAUGUUUUGA